AUGACGAGUAUGCUUCCAUUCACGGUUUUUGGGAUCGCGCGUACAAUACAGCAAUAUCGAGAAUAUACAGAAUUGGGCAAAUCGCAGGAUGUUGGCGAGUCUGGUGGAAAAAUGUUACGUUUACAGAAAAGUCCUUUGAAGAAGAGUUUGUCGACACAAGCAAGCGAAGCUGAUAAAACCGAGAAAAUGAUCGGUUCUGCAAAACACAAUGCAUGGCGUAUACCACUUCUCUUUCUACUCGUUUGGGUGAUAUCUGGUUACAGUCUCCUCUCUCACAAGGAAUUCCGAUUCAUCCAACCGCUCCUUCCCAUUUUCAUCAUGUUCACAUCCUUUGGCAUCACUCAAUACCUAUCCUCGAGAAUUCGAAUAUCAAAAUUACUAAUCGUGCUAUUGGUCAUAACUAAUUUACCUGUAGGCAUCUACAUGUCGUUGAUCCAUCAAAGGGGAGUAGUAGACGUUAUGAGUUAUUUGAGAAAGGAAGCACAAAAUGGAAGAGUUGAUGAAAUCGGCUUCUUGAUGCCGUGCCACUCGACUCCGGGAUAUUGUAAUCUCCACGUUAAUGUACCUAUGUGGUUUUUGACUUGUGAACCCCCAAUCGAGAUCCCGGAGAAUGAGCUUGGCAAUUACAUGGAUGAAUCUGAUAUGUUUUAUGCUGACCCGGUUGGUUUCUUACAACGGGAAUUCGAUAAAGUGCCCCACGAUAACGUGAUGCACAUGCAUGACAGCAAUAAAAGAAAAUGGCCAAGUCAUUUAGUCAUGUUUGAGAAUCUUAUGUCUGACAUUGGAACAUUAUUAACGGGUUCAUCUUAUCGUGAGUGCGCCAGAUUCUUCAAUUCACACUUUCACGAUGACUCUAGACGUAGAGGAGAUGUCAUUGUGUUGUGCAUCCGGAGAGCAGAAGAUAACUUAUAA